AUGCCUCCUCAAAUUAAGCAAGACCUCAACCGCUCCGGCUGGGAAACCACCGACUUCCCCAGCUCUUGCGAAAGCUGCCUGCCAGAGAACCCCUACGUCCAGAUGCUGAAAGAGGAUCAUGGCGCAGAGUGCAAAAUAUGUACAAGGCCCUUUACAGUCUUUCGGUGGAAAGCGGAUCGCACUGCACGUACCAAACGAACGAAUAUAUGCCUCACUUGCGCCAGGCUGAAAAAUUGCUGCCAGUGCUGUAUGCUUGAUCUAUCAUUCGGCCUGCCUAUCACGGUGCGAGAUGCAGCCUUGAAAAUGGUAGCGCCUGGCCCGACUAGUGGAGUUAACAGAGAGUACUACGCUCAAGAGCACGAGAAGGAAUUAGAGGAGGGAAGAGGAGCGGCGCAGGAAUACGAGAAGACGGAUGAGAAGGCAAGGGAUCUCCUACGAAGACUAGCCAACAGCGAGCCAUACUACAAGAAGCAGCGGAGGCUGGAAGCAACGGGAGAGGGAGAGCAGCAAAGACAGGAGCAAAAGCAGAUAGGCUAUGGUCCUGGCCUUAUACGCACCAGCGACAGCAGACGUGGAGAUGCAAUAAGAGGAGGCAGACCAGGCGCAAGAGGCGGUCGUGCAUUUCCCGGGACUGCUCAACUACCUCCCCAACCGAAAGACAUCCUCCCUCCUUCAGACCCAAAUAUAACCUCUCUAUUUGUCACAGGCGUCGAGGACGACCUCCCCGAACACGCCAUUCGUACAUUCUUCACUUCUUUUGGCACAAUUCGAUCUCUUGUCUGCUCUCACCGUGCACACUGUGCAUUUGUUAACUACGCUACCAGGGAAGCGGCUGAAAAGGCUGCCGAGGCUUGUCAAGGAAGAGCAAUAAUACAAGGAUGUCCACUUAGGGUACAGUGGGGAAAGCCUAAGCCGCUGGAUAAUAUGGAUAGGGAGGAGAGGAUGGAACUGGCGAGACAAGGGAGGCAAACUGUGGCGGCUGUCAAGGCUGCUGAGCGGUCUGGGCCUGGUCAGCAGAGAGGAAAUGGUGAUGGUAUGAUGCCAGGCGGCGGUGGGGAAGCGGAGCAUGAUGGCAGCUAUGCUGUUGCUCCUCCGCCCGGGACUGGCGAGGUGCAAUAUGCUAGCCUAGCUGGAGACUGA